CUACGCCGUGCACAGGUAAACUAACGGAGCACUAGGGACACUGUGUAGGGUAUUGAUCUAGUAGACCCUCCCUUCCUUGGGAUAUUUAAUUUUUUUUCUUUGUGUACCGGUUUUAAACAUUUUUUCAUGUACGGAAAAGUAUCAAUAGAUCAUUUCACUUUAAUGGGUGGAUUGCUUUGCUGAGCUUCCAGGGCGUCAAAAUCUGGGAAAGAAGCCCUUUUGCAAGCUUGGCUGAUUUUCUUAUCUGUGCAUAUUAAAUUUACACACACAUAUACCAAGUGACUAAAGGUUUCGUUUAAUUUCAUCGGGAAUAUCGCAUUGUGGAUAUAUACGCCAAGAACUUUUAACGGGACUAGCUUAGGGGUGGUUGUCGUUGUUGGUGUGUUUCCUAAACUUCGCAAAAAUGGGAAAGGAUAAGAAAAGCAAUGGUGUGGAUAUGGAAAUUCAAGAAGAGCAUGCUGAUGGUGUCAGAAAGAGGGAAACUUGGACCAACAAGAUCGACUUCUUGCUCGCUUGUAUUGGGUUUUCGGUGGGAUUAGGAAAUGUGUGGCGUUUUCCAUACCUUUGCUAUAAAAACGGUGGAGGUGCUUUCCUCAUUCCGUACUUUAUAUUGGUCAUCAUUGGAGGCGUGCCCCUGUUCUUCCUGGAAUGCUCGGUGGGACAGUUUAUGGGCGUGUCCGGGUUCAGGGCCUGGUCUAUCUGUCCCUUGUUUCAAGGCAUUGGAAUAUCUUCCACAAUAGUUGUCUUCUUCCUGAACUGUUAUUACAACAUUAUUCUCUGCUGGUCCUUCUACUACAUGUUUAGUUCCUUCGCCCUUGAGCUUCCAUGGGUAUCAUGUGGAAAUAGUUGGAAUUCGAAAUAUUGUACCGACUUCUCAAGCGAAGCGGCUGAAAGCCCGUUUGUCAAAAAUAUCUCCAGCAUGGACAACUUUCAAAAACUUGUCUGUAGCAAUGCGACAGAAACGUAUUAUGCGAUUUUCAACGAGAGUGGGACCAUCCGUAACGAAAGCUAUUCGACUGCUUGUGUGCCAAGCCAUUUACGAUUGGAUUCCGUACAAGAGUUCUGGGAAAAUAAAGUCCUCAAUAUAUCUGAUGGAAUCGAACCUGAGAAUAUGGGUGAGAUCAAAUGGGAUUUGGCCUUGACCUUACUAUUUGCGUGGGUGGUUGUUUACUGUUGCAUCUGCAAAGGCAUCAAGUCUUCAGGAAAGGUCAUGUAUGUGACUGCUACUUCGCCAUAUUUGUUCAUGGCGGCGUUGCUUAUCCGGAACGCUCUUCUUCCGGGCUCCCUGAAUGGGGUCAUCUUCUAUUUAAAGCCAGAUCUCUCAAAACUGAACGACAUGGAGGUAUGGGUUGAUGCGGGAACUCAAAUUUUCUUCUCGUAUUCAAUUGCCAUUGGUGCCCUAACAGCGCUUGGAAGUUACAACAAGUUCAAUCAUAAUUCCUACAGGGACUGUAUCAUUUUUGCCUGUGCAAAUAGUGGCACGAGUUUCUUCGCUGGAUUCAUCAUUUUUACCAUUCUAGGACAUAUGGCGGAGGUCCAAGGGGUGGACAUCAAGGACGUGGCGGCUGGGGGUCCAGGACUAGCGUUCAUUGCCUACCCUAAAGCCGUGUCUCUUAUGCCGGGGGCACCGAUAUGGGCCAUCCUCUUCUUCCUGAUGUUGAUUCUGUUAGGACUGGACAGUCAGUUUGUGGGUGUUGAAGGCGUCAUUUCUGCCGUGGUCGACCAAUGGCCGAACCUGUUACGAAGGGGUUACAGAAAGGAAAUCUUCAUCGGGAUUGUCUGUAUAUUAAACUUCUUUAUUGGACUUUCCAUGGUUUCGCGGGGCGGAAUGUACGUCUUCCAACUGUUUGACUACUAUUCAGGGAGUAAAAUCAUUCUCUUCAUUGCAUUCUUCGAGUGCAUUGCCAUUGCAUGGAUAUACGGAGUGAGGCGCUUCUAUGACAACCUUGAGAUGAUGCUUGGGUUCCGAAUCAACCCCUACAUGAUGGUAUCCUGGACCGUUCUCUCGCCUAUUUUCUGUAUGUGUGUCUUUAUCAUGAGUGUGGUCAACUACUCUGAACUAGACUACAAGAGACCCACAAAGCCACUCUACAAGUUCCCCACCUGGGCAGUGGGGAUUGGCUGGGGCAUGGCUGCCUUUGCUGCCAUCUGGAUUCCUCUGAUGAUUUUGUAUCGAUUCUACGAGAGGGGCAUAUCAAGAGAAACAAUCACCUAUUUGAUAACCCCACAAGGACUGAAGAACCAUCAACUUCGCCCUCAGGAUAAAAAGGAAGGGACCUCUGCCGACAAAUACCGCACCUCCAACCCCCCGCCCUACCAGGAGAAGGGCACUGCUAAUGAAGGAUUCCAAUCCAACUCUACGCUCGACAACACCAAGUUAUAAACUCAGAAGCCUUUAGUUUCAUAACUACGUGUAAAUAAAUGUAUAUUGGUGUUCAUACAACUAACAAUUGCUCAGAUUUUUUUUAUACAAAUUAUAUAUUUUUAUAGUAACACUAUGAUAUUGAAGAUUUUAUUUGUAUUAAAUUACAUUCCAUUUAUGACUGGUAUGUACAAUUUUUAAGUUCAAAGUGUAAUGAUAAUUGAUCUAUCAUGGUUAUUAAUUAAUUUUUUUUGUAUAAUGAAAAAAUUUUGUACUGUACUAUUUAGGUUUAUUAAAGUUUCUGAAAUCCUAUCAAAUAACAAUGUAGCAUGUCAAGGAAUAAAUGGAUUGAAGUAUUAUAUCCAUAUCAUAUAAACUAAUUAAUAUUAUUUGAAAAUAUCUAUCCUUGAUGUAUCAAUUUAAAAAAAAACAUUCUUUAAAAAAAAGAUACUCUUUAGGCAUUCCGACUGUAUUUUUUGUAUAAAACUUUAAAUUACAGAAAAUCUUCAUACAUUCUAAGGGCAUUAAUUAAUGUCUGACGCAUUACCAAGUAAAUCACUGAAAAAUGAGCAGCCUUAAAAACUUUUUCAUCCUGAGUAGGAUAUAUGUCCCAAAAUCGCAUAAUUUACAACUUACAAAUUUGUAAAAUUUUAUCCAGAAAGCAAAAAUAUAAAACAAGCACCAUCUAUUUCUAUAUGGGGUUCCUGAACUCUGGUUAUGUGGUUAUAAUGUAACCAAAAGGUUGCUGGGUUGAAAUCUUUAUCCACUGUGGAUGCUUGGUGUUAAAUAAAGGAUUUGUCUCUUAUCCACUUGUCACCUCAAGGCUUUAUGCAAUAUAUUAUAUGUAGUAAGCUUAAUUUUUCCCUGUUCUAUCUUCAAAUGUAUAUUGUUGUAGAAUUGUAGCUCUGCAGGGAAAUUCGGGUAAUAUGUUCUGAAAACCCCUCAAAUUUUUCUGUUGAAAUACAUUUCUGCAGUAACAGUUUACCUGUUCUUUUAAAUCCUAGCAAUAAUAUAUUUGUUUUUCAUGUAUUAAAAUAUGGAUUUGUUUGCAUAUCUAUUGUAUAGGUUGUAGAAAUAUACAUACAGGGAUAAUGUAGAUGAGAAAGUUUAUAUUUUAGCACAAUUUUUAAUAAUAAUAUACUCUUUUUGUAAUAAAAUUUGUUUUUUAUGGAG